AACCAAUAAUGUGAAAUUAAUUCAUUAAUAAUAUGGGUGAAUAUGGUAAGUGGGGUUAUUUUGAAAUUUCUAAAAUAAUGUGGACUCAAUCUCCUCAAGUGAAUAACUUUUAUUGUGUAUCUUAGUUUUAUAUAUAAUAUAGAUAACAGUAUUUGAUGACUUUAUGAACUAGCAACACCGAUAAUCCAUAAUCCCCAAUUACCGAAGCCCUAGAAUUUUGAUUAAACCCCAAUCCGGAAGGAGAAACUCAAUACGAUGUCGGGUUCGGGUCAAUCACAGUUCCGAUGUACACAGACACCGUCGAAGGUGCUCCACCUGCGGAAUCUUCCAUGGGAGUGCAACGAAGAGGAGCUCGUUGAACUAUGCAAACCCUUCGGCAAGAUCGUCAACACCAAGUGCGACGUCGGGACCAAUCGGAAUCAAGCAUUUGUCGAAUUUGUGGAUCUUAGCCAGGCAAUUAAUAUGGUUAGCUAUUAUGCUUCGUCUUCGGAGCCCGCUCAAAUUCGUGGCAAAACUGUUUACAUACAAUACUCAAACAGGCAUGAAAUAGUUAACAACAAAAGUCCCGGAGAUGUUCCAGGAAAUGUUUUGCUUGUGACCAUAGAGGGUGUUGAAGCUGGUGAUGUCAGCAUAGAUGUCAUUCACCUGGUCUUCUCAGCUUUCGGUUUUGUGCACAAGAUUGCUACGUUUGAAAAGGCUGCCGGUUUUCAGGCUUUAAUUCAGUAUAGUGAUGUUCAGACUGCAUCUACAGCAAGGGAUUCAUUAGAUGGUAGAAGUAUACCCAGAUACCUUCUUCCAAGUCAUCUAAACGAGUGUCAUUUACGCAUUUCGUACUCUGCCCACACUGAUUUGAAUAUUAAGUUUCAGUCCCAUCGGAGCAGGGAUUAUACAAAUCCUUAUCUUCCUGUUAAUCCCACCGCAAUGGAAGGUUUUCUCCAGCCUGCUGUAGGUCCUGAUGGGAAGAAAAAGGAAUUCGAGAGCAAUGUGCUGCUUGCUUCUAUUGAGAACAUGCAAUAUGCCAUCACAGUGGAUGUUCUUCACACGGUAUUCUCUUCGUUUGGAACUGUUCAAAAGAUUGCAAUAUUUGAAAAGAAUGGUGGAACUCAGGCACUAAUCCAGUAUCCUGAAAUCGCAACUGCAGCUGCUGCCAAAGAUGCUUUAGAGGGUCAUUGCAUAUAUGAAGGUGGCUAUUGUAAGCUUCAUCUAUCAUACUCUCGUCAUACUGAUCUCAAUGUAAAGGCUUACACUGACAAAAGCAGAGAUUACACUAUCCAAGUACCACUUCCGAUGCAGCAAACUAGCGGAGUACCAGGGGUUGGCUAUGCCUCUAGCAGUGCAGCACAGGGUCAAGCUCCAGUGACACCUGUCACGUCGUGGGACCGAGCUCCAGCUGGCGCAUUUUCCGGCCAAGCGUAUAUGUCCGCCCCUGGAAAUCCGCAGAUGGGAGGUGCUCGCCCCUUACAUCAGCCAAAUGUAUUUCCAGAUCUCGAUUUGCCCAGUUUCAGCUGUAAUUUGGUUAAUCUUAUCCCUCGAGAAAAAAAAAAGAAGAAAAAAGUCAACCCUGAUGUAUUUUUCUAAAAUCUAUCAUAUGCGAUAUAAACUUUUUUUUCUCGAAAAAUAAGGAUGUAGGAGAGAGGGCCUGCAGUUAAAAUUCAUGGAAUAGGUUGGUCCACCUAUGGGAACCAAAAUAUUAUUGCAUUGUGUGGUUGUGUUUGUGGGUGCGGGUGCUUCAGUUUGUGGUAAUACGCAGAAUGUUAAGCCCCACAUUUGCGCGUUGCAAUGUUCAUGAAUUCCUUCCUCCAUCAAUUCAAGAACAUGUAGCAUUUCAUCUCUGCUUUUCUUAGUCGGGGCCCCUUUUCGCUUUUCAAUUCGACACUCUACUAAAUGUUUGUUAAAUCAGGAUAUUUUUGCCGAAUCUCGUUCUUAAUUUUAUCGAA